AUGGUUUGUUCACAAACCGGCUCUGGUAAAACAGUUGCCUACUUGCUGCCAGUGCUGCAGCUCUUGCUUGGCAGCCGGCAACGGGGACCCAAGAGACCCGGAGCAGUAGUCCUGGCGCCAACGAGGGAGCUUGCAGCACAGAUUGCUGGCGAGGCGUCCUGGCUGGUGGCAGGGACUUCUAUCAAAGUCGCAGCCAUCUAUGGAGGGGUGCCUUACAAGACCACUCGCGAUGCCCUUCGAGGGAGGGCCGACCUUCUGGUUGCCACGCCAGGGCGUCUUGAGGAUGCCUGCGAUCGAGGAGAUGUUGUACUUCGAGACGUGGAAGCCGCCGUCCUUGAUGAGGCGGACAGGAUGCUAGACCUAGGCUUUGAGGAUCAAAUCCGCAUUCUGCUCACGAGGCGCAUGCCACCAACAGGUCGUGGGCGACAGACGGCGAUGUUCAGCGCCACCUUCGGUCCUGGAGUGCAGCACCUUGCUGCAGACUUCCUGGAUGCUUACACCUUUGUGGCUGUGGGCCGUGUUGGUGGAGCAGCACGAACCGUCGAGCAGCGUUUGGUUUGGGUGGAGGACCAACAGAAAGCCCAGGCACUAUUGGGCACGCUCCUCGCGUUGGAGAACAGUGUCCAGGGGCCAUGCAGCAUUCUCGUGUUUGCAAACACAAAGGAUGGAGUGAGACUCAUUGAGGGAAAGGUUCGGUCUUGGAAUUUCCGUGCUUUCUCCAUUCACGGAGACAAGAAGCAGGAUGCGAGGGAGAAGGCGCUGCACCUCUUUCGCCAGCAUACAGAGGGCCACGGCUCGAGGGGCAGAGCUGCGGUGUUGGUGGCCACAGAUGUUGCGGCACGGGGCCUGGACAUCCCCGACAUCACGUGCGUGGUGCACUUUGACUUGCCGAAGAGGAUUGAUGACUUUGUGCACCGCUCUGGGCGGACUGGCCGUCUUGGCAGGAAGGGCAUCUCCAUUGGAUUCGCAAAUGCUCAAGCAAAGGGACUGAGCAAAGACCUCGCCAAAUGCUUGGCAGAAGCCGGUGCAAAGGUCCCUUCUUGGCUGCUGGGCAUGGCCAUCUCCUUGGGUGAGGACCUUGAAAGCCUGCAGGCCAUGGAGCAGAGCUCUGCAGGAGGAGUCUACGGCGCGCAGGACGUCCGCUUGCAGGGUGCCGGUGUUCAAACAGCUGCUGAGCGCCGAGAAGCGCAGAAGCUGCGAAGCUUUGCAGAGGAGAGAGAAGCCCUGAGAAUGGCCAAAGACCAUUUUGGACAGAUGCUCCGCAGGAUGCUUACAGUGACGUCAUCGAUUCCGACAAGCAGCAACAGAAAAACUGUCUUAUGUGGUUGA